AUGAACACGAAAUAUCAUUUCUAGAUUGACCAGAGCGAAAAGGCCCAGUAGCAAUAAUAAAAGUAUGAUUUAGAAGAGAAAUUUCUUUCUAGACCAAAAAAUGGACCAGAGAAAACAAUAUUUAAGCUCAGUGUUAAGCAGGGGGUUACAACUAUCAAUAUAAUAUCAAUGAUUAUGGUGCUAUUCACGAUGCUGCAGAUGCUAUUAUUUUACGAGGUCUCAUUUGUCUACUUUUUGCAGUCUGAAGAAACCUUCAAUUUAUCGACAAGAGAAGCGUCGAACACUGUUGGCGAUUUAUUAUUUUGGACUUAAGUGAUAUCGAUUGCAUUUGAUAUUCUGGCAGGAUCAACUCAUGAUCUCAAUGGCAGAAGGCUGACAAUAUUUUUUGGAUUUCUAAUUGCUUGCUCAGCAAUGGCUGUGCAGCCUUGGAUACCAAGCAUAUAUCCUGGAAUCCUAAUUACGCGAUCUUUGAUAUUUAUUGGACUUAGUGGCCCAGGAUCAAGCCCUUUAGUAGCUGAUUACGUAAAAAAUAAGUCAAGAGGUACUGCAUCAGCUUACAUAGGACUAGCAGCAGGUAUAGGGGUUAUUUUUGGAAUGUUCGUAUUAUUUGGGAUGACGAAAGAAUUAUCUUAUAAGAAUAGCUAUUCUAUCGCAGCAGCAUUCGCUCUUUCUCUUGCGGUUUUUAUGUUAUUUGGAAUUAAAGAUGUUAAAUUUGAGAAAAAGCAUGUUGUUCACCUACCUUUGAAGGAAAAGAUAAGAGUAAAGUUUAAUUAAAUCAAAAGUGAACUAUCCACUAAAAUAGAACUACCACUUUGUUUGCUAGGAGCAUUAAUUUGCAGAAUGCUAAAUGUUAUUUCAACAGUUUACAUCAAUCUUUGGUUAAGUACAUUCUUUGGGAGAGAUCAAGAAAGUUAAGUUCAAGCUAAAACCUUGAGUGCCAGCCUUAAUGGUACUUCGAUGACUUUAGCUUUAAUCUGUACUUGCAUUAUAGGAAUACUUUCAGAUAAAUUUAAACCUAGCAAUAUUUUCAUUAUUGUAUUCGGUAUUUCUGCUUUUGGGGCAUUAUUAUUUACUUUCAAUGAUAAACCUGAUGGAAUUAUAACUUAUAUUAGUGUCAUAUGCUUUAAUAUAGGCAAUUAAACAUAAAAUAUCGCGAUAAUUUCCUUGCUUUACAAAACUGUUGAGAAGGGGACGAGAGGGACAAUAAUUGGGUUAUCUAACAGUAUGAGUGCUAUUGGAAUUUUAAUAUUAUCCAAACUUGGUGGAUUUCUCUUUGAGGAAAUUAGUAUUAAAGCUCCCUUUAUUUUUGUUGGAAUAUGCGAUGCAUUAUUCAUUAUUUUGAUACUUAUUCUAAAGAAAACAGGCAAACUUAAAAAAUGA